AUGAGAAAUGAAAAAGCAAAUCCUUUAGUCAAAGCUCAUAUUAGACGAAAAGUUGAUAUGAAAGACAUCCUGAUAAGAACAUUCAAUAAAUUUGAAGUCUUGUACAGAAAGGUUACGAAUAGGUUAAGUUCACUUGGAGUAUCAUUUGCAUCACAGAAAAAGAAAUAUUUAGACAAAGUCAAACUUGCAGUAUUAAUACGAGACUCGUUAAAUAGUGGACAGAUAUUUAAUGUAGACCAUUUGUCUGAAUUUUGCUAUAUGACUGAUUUAUCUCAUUCAAUAUAG